GCCUCCCCCCCUGCCUGCCUGGCCCGCUAUGGCUCCUGGCCGCGCCUGGCCCGCGCUCCUGGCCCUGCUCGGGGCUCUGUUCCCAGGGCCUGGAGACGCCCAAACGCUGGUAUUCCCCCAGAAAGCCAUCCUGCCCAGGGGCGGCUCCAUACAGUUGAACUGUAGCGCCAUCUGUAAUGUGACUGCCCUCUUGGGCCUGGAGACACCACAGCCCAAAAACGAGUUGGACAAGGGCCCGAACUGGAAGGUCUUUGAACUGAAUGACGUGUCAGAGGACACCACCCCGCUCUGCUUUUCAAACUGUGGCACCAACCAGUCAAACGCCCAGGCCUCGCUUACCGUGUACUGGUUCCCGGAGCGCGUGGAGCUGCAACCCCUGCCCCCCUGGCAGCCCGUGGGUGAGAACCUCACCCUGCGCUGCCUGGUAGAAGGAGGUGCGCCGCGGGCCCACCUCGCAGUGGUGCUGGUCCGUGGGGAGGAGGAGCUGAGCCGGCAGCCAGCCAUCGGGGAGCCCGCUGAGGUCACGGCCACGGUGCUGGCCGGCAGAGGGGACCACGGUGCCAAUUUCUCCUGCCGCACUGAGCUGGACCUGCGGUCCCAAGGGCUGGAACUGUUCCAGAACACCUCUGCCCCCAGGCAGCUCCGAACCUUUGCUCUGCCAGCGACAGGCCCACACCUUGCCACCCCCCUGGUCGUGGAAGUGGGCACGCCGUGGACCGUGGUCUGCUCCCUGGAUGGGGUGUUUCCUGCCUCGGACGCCCAGGUCAGCCUGACGCUGAGGGACCUGAGGCUGAACUCCACAGUCACACGCCGCAAGGACACCCUCUCGGCCAGGGCCUCAGGGAUGGUGACCGCGGAGGAGGAGGGCACCCAGUCGCUGGCAUGCACCGUCACUGUAGGAAACCAGCGCCGGGCGAUGCAGAAGAACGUGACUUUUUACAGCUUCCAGGAACCCAGCCUGACCCUGAGCCAGCCUGAGGUCUCAGAAGGGACAGAGGUGAUUGUGGAGUGCAAGGCCCAACCUGGAGCAGUGGUGACACUGAGUGGAGCCCCUGCCAGGACACCCAGCUCCUCUGAUCAACUGCGGGUGAACGCCACUGCCGAGGACAACGGGCGGCGCUUCUCCUGCUCAGCUGCCCUGGAGGUGGCCGGGCAGGUGCUGCAUAAGAACCAGACCCGGGAGCUCCGUGUCCUGUACGGCCCCCGACUGGAUGAGAGAGACUGCCCUGGAAAUUGGACAUGGCAAGAAGGCACCCCGCAGACCCUGAAAUGCCAGGCCCGGGGGAACCCACCCCCACAGCUGAACUGUCGCCGGAAAGGGGAUGGGGCUUUGCUGCGUAUUGGCGACCUGGGGCUUGUCACGCGGGAUCUGACAGGCACCUACAUCUGCCGGGCCCAGAAUGCUCUGGGGGAGGCCACCCGUGAGGUGUCUGUGAAUGUUCUCUACCAGGAUAAUACACUGCUCAUCGCAAUGCUGGUGGUGGCUGCGGUCGUCCUGGGCAUUGCGGGUGUAUCCGUCUAUCUCUAUAACCGUCAGCGCAAGAUCAAGAAAUAUAGACUCCAGAAAGCCCAGGAGGCAGCCACCAUGAAGCUAACCAAGCAAGCCACCCAGGCCUGAGCUGUCCCAGGGCAGGACCUUCUCUUCUCUCCCCCACACGGUGGCCGCAGUGUCACAGAGAGCGGUGGACAUAAUGCCAUAUGGCCUUACCUACCUCCCCAUGCCACCCAGGACAGGACGGUGGCAGUGGCCUCGGUCAGGAUGCAGACAGCAUAAGGGGUCAUGGUACCUGCACACUUACGACCCCCCAGGCCUCCCCUGACCCGGAGCCAUAGGCCUGAGUCGAGGGGAGGGGACGACACGAGGACAUGACUGCGAGGGAUGUCCAGUGUGACCCCAGCUACAUGGGGAAUGACACAUCAUCCCGCCAUGGGGGUGGGAGGGACGCACAGCUGGGACAUACUGAAACUGACAUCCCCAAGAAAGGAAUGACCCCACACAGACAUGGAAACGCUAGUAGGGCCCUUCCUUCAUCUGACGGACAGCAGGCCCGGCACUGCUGUCUACUGAUCUUCUUAAUGAUGACGUAUUUAUUGUUUUUUUUUAAAAAAAAUUAUUUUAUUGAACUUUA